CACCCUCAUGGAAUGGUUGGAUGCCACUGCUAACGGACCAGAGGUUUAUCAUCUACAGAGCAGGCAUGCAUCUCUGCACAGCCAUGGCUGCUACCGUUUCGUUGGUCGCUCCCACAGCGAAAACCCAAAGCACCUAUCUGCAUUCUCCGAAACCGAUACAAACUUCCUUAUCUUCUCUCCAGAAAGCCCGAUUCCUCUCCGCAUCCAGACGGGCGUCUUCGGCGUCAGCGUCACCGUCGUCGUCACCGUCACCGUCGUCUCCCAUCGUAAAACCCAAGCAGGAAGAGGGGAAACGAGACCAAGAAGAUGAAGUGUCGAUGAGUAUUGAUGCCUUGACUCGUUUUAUCAAUGUCAAUUUGGGUAAUUGGAAUGGAUCCUUCUUUCAAUAUGAUUCGAACGGGAACUUGAUGCAAAAGGUAAGUACAAAGCUUGCGGGGAGCUCGUAUGGUGAAAACGAACUGAUUAGUCUUAUUCAGACGUUAUACAUAAAACAGCCGGCUUCAGGAACUUCAAUUUCAGGCUCUGAUCCAGAGCCAGAAUGGAUGGAGUACAAAAUCAAAGAAACCAACAUGUUUACUGCAGACAAGCACCAACAGCUUGGUUUUUUCCCCAAAGAAAAGGCAUUUUCUCUGCGGUACCAAACAGCUGGAAUGCUAGAAGCUGUACUGAGAGCAGGGAUUCUUGGGGAAGACGACAUUGGUGAAAAAUCUCCCAAAAACUUAAAGCUCCCCUCUCGUCGACCCUCUGUUGUUUGUGAAAAUUGCCUUUAUUCUCAAGAGAAAGACAUGCGAGCAAGAGCCUUCCAUAUCAUGGAUCCCAAGGGCAUCCUUGAAAUGCUUCUUAUUUUUCUUGAACAAAGAGGAGAUGGGGUGCCUCUUACAAAUUCACUUGACUUUUCUAAGGAUAGCACAAAUAGGAUAACUCCAUUGCUUGGCCAAUGGAAAGGUCAUUCGGUGACUAAGCGCAGUGGGGUUUAUGGAGCAACAAUUGCACAAGCUGAUACCGUCGCUCUACUUGAAAUGGAUGACAAGGGUCAGUUAAUUCAGGACAUUACAUCGACAUCUGCCAGAGGUGGUACUACUAAUGUCCACUGGACAGGCACUGUAUCAAACAACUUAGUUGUCUUUGAUGGAGGUUUCCAAAUGACUUUGUUGCCUGGAGGUAUGUACAUGGGAUGCCCAUGUGAUGUGGGCAAGAGUGUGGCCCAAUCACAAUCAUUCCUUCUAGAGUUUUGUUGGAUGGAGUCGCCGGGCAAGAGGCAGAGACUUGUACGUACUUAUGAUGUUGAGGGUUUGGCGGUAUCAUCAACUUACAUCCACGAGGUCAAAGUGUAAGGUUUUUCAAUCUUCAUUACACAUGCUAUUUUGGGCCUUGUGGCUUUUAUUUUUUUUCUAAUUAUAUCAUGCAAGUUAAAUUCUAUUUUGCAUGUUGAGAAGAGAUUUCUGCA